AUGCAGACUUUCCUUGGUAGAGGAAAAAGGCUCCAGGCCGGUGUCACUAUCUGCUGUCUCAUGGCAUUUAUCUUGUUCGGCUAUGAACAAGGUGUCUUUGGCGGGAUUCUCGAGAACCAGGACUGGCUCGAUCAGUUCAACCACCCGUCCGACACCGAGACUGGCAUCAUUGUCAGCUGUUACAACCUCGGCUGUUUGGGCGGCUGCAUAUUGAACUACUUUACGGGUGAAAGGCUAGGCCGUCGUUGGACGAUGUGGCUGGCCAUGGCAUUUGUCAUUGUCGGGACGACAUUGCAAACCUCCGCAUUCACAGUGGCUCACCUCAUCGUUGGCCGUGUUAUUACUGGCUUUGGAACUGGAAUGAAGACUUCUACCGUGCCAAUGUACCAGUCGGAACUUUGCGAUCGCCAAUCUCGCGGGCGUCUCGUCUCUGCUGAGGUUCUCUUUGUCGGCAUUGGCAUCACAACCGCGUAUUGGUUCGACUUCGGCAUGUCGUUCGUCGGUGGUCCUAUUGCGUGGCGGCUGCCUGUCGCGGUACAAAUACUGUUUGCCCUUGUUGUUAUCGUCCUCGUCUUUGAUCUUCCAGAGUCACCGCGCUGGCUGUACAAGCAUGGCCGAUCAGAAGAAGCUAUUGAAGUUCUUUGCAGGGUUUAUGAUAGAGAGCCGACUGAUGAGUAUAUCCUGGCCGAAAAGAACGCCAUCAGGGCGGCCAUUCAAUUAGAAUAUUCGGAACAGGAAGCAUCACGCAACUUCAUCAGCAUCUUUCGCAAUGACAAAGUGAAGACUGAGUAUCGUGUUGUGCUAGCGUGGUGUAUCCAUUUCAUGAACCAGGCGGGAGGUAUUAACUUGGUGGUAUAUUAUGCUCCAUCUGUUUUAAUUCAAAAUGUCGGCAUUUCGAAGCAACUUGCACAGAUUCUUGGAGGGUGCAUCAACAUGAUGUUGAUGUUUGGGUCCAUCGCCCCCUCGCUCGCCCUCGACCGCAUGGGUCGACGCCGCACCAUGAUGGCCGGGUGCGCAUGCCUUGGUCUCUGCAUGCUCCUGAUAUCUAUUCUGCUCUCUCGAUCCGACACCGCACAGGGCCACGCGUACUCCUCCGCCGCAGUAGUGUUCUUCUUCAUGUACACCCUCGUCUUCGGCAUGAGCGCCCACUGUGUGCCUUGGGUCUACGUGCCCGAGAUUCUCCCUCUCGCGGCACGCACACGGGGCACAGCCCUCGCCGUGAGCUCAAAUUGGCUGUGGAACUUCACCGUCGUUAUGAUAACCCCCGUGAUCACGCGCCGGCUGUCGUGGAAAGCCUAUCUCAUCUUCUUCGCAACCAACACCGGUUUUGUUCCUGCUCUGUACUUCUUCUAUCCCGAGACAAGCAAUCUGCGCUUGGAGGAGGUCGACCACAUCUUCUCGCAUGGCGGGAACCCUGUCGCGGUUGCGCGCGAGAUCACAAUGGAGGUCAAGCGGUUCGGGCAUGUUGCCGCUCUAGGUGGCUCUGCUACUCCGUCUAGUAAGGAGGAUCAGGCUGCUGAGCAAGAACAACAGGAAGUCAUCUAG